AUGGAGACUGGUGGAAGCAGUAAAGAAACUGAACUCCAAAAUCUAAGUGAAAAAUUAGUGGAAGAUGAAGAAAAUGUGGACUUUGAUGUGCUAAGAUGGUUGAAGGUUAACAGUGAUAGAUUUCCUAUACUCUCUAAAAUGGCAAGGGAUGUGCUGGCUGUUCCCAUUUCAACUGUUGCCUCUGAGAGUGCAUUCAGUACUAGUGAUAGGGUAUUAGAUGCCAUUAGGAGUUCCUUAACUCCUAAAAUUGUUGAAGCCCUAGUCUGUGCACAGGAUUGGUUGAGGGCACCCAAUCAUCCAAUCUUUGUUGAGGAAAACUUGGAUGAUGUUGAAAGAUUAGAGAAUGAAUUGUCCACUGGAGCUGGUUCUUCACUAAGUACGGUUGGAACACUCCCAACAAUUGUUGUAAUACUUUUAUAA